AUGGAAUUCAGCCGUAUUAAGUUGAACUGGCAAUACAUUGACUACCUCAUCAAACAUGCAGUUGUCGAAAAUAUUAAUACAAUGUAUCCAAUCGUGGGUGGUUUUACGCUGCUUCAUGUAGCAGCUUUCAAUAAUGAUCAAAAAUUGGUGGAUGAUCUGCUCCGCAAGAAAGCUGAUGUGAAUUUAACAAGUAAAUACUGGGGUACAGCUCUUCACAUUGCUAUUUUAUCGGAGAACCUGGGUAUAAUGCAAAGUCUAAUCAACUAUGGAGCAGACGUUAAUAGUCAACUAAUUGCUGACUUUAGAUUGAUCCGUUACCGGUAUGGUGAUUGGCAAUAUGGUGAAAAAGCUCCUGAGUUUUUAUCAAAAGAAAAAGAUGUUGUGAGUGAGAUGUUGAAAACUUAUGAUUCCUGUUUUGGCAAAUCACCGUUACAAAUCGCUGUUGAUCGAAGAAAUGAAAAAAUGGUAGAGCUACUAUUGAUAAAUAAUGCUCAUCCGAACCUGUAUAUUUAUGGUACUAUAACACCAUUAAUCUCUGCUAUUGCUUAUAAAAAUUUACCAAUAAUAAAGCAUCUUCUGGCAUACGGCGUGGAUGUUAAUAGUCCAAUUGGAAGUAAUAUAGCAGAAAGUCCUCUACAUAUUGCUGUCUGCUCCGGAAACCAAGAAGCAGUAGAAUUGAUUUUAAACCAUAAUAUGGUUAAUGUAAAUAUAGUGAACAUUUAUAACCUUUCAGCACUUCAUUACGCAUUUUUCGCGCCCGACGAUAAUAUCAUAAGACAACUUCUUGAUGCUGGUGUUGAUAUCAAUAUAAAAGACGAUAAUUCAGCACUUAAUUACACAUUUCACUCGCCCGACGAUAACAUCAUGCGACAAGCUCUUAAUACUGGUGUUGAUAUCUAUAUAAAAAACGUUAAUUGUAAAACAGCGUUUACUGCAAGACCUAUUGAUUCAGAAAAAGUUAAAGACACAAUUGCUGAACAUAUUGCUCAACUCAGUGCGGUGAAUUUUCAUGUUGAUGAAGAAAAUUUAGCAGUCGUCGAUAAUGGCAGUGAAAAAUUUUGUGAAUUGCGCGGCCAGUGCAUAAACGAAGUUGAAAAAAUGAAGCUAACAUUUAUUGGCACGAGUAAUGUUACAUUUUAUAAUGUUUUAUGUGAUAAUUGUGAACACAAAUUAGCUUUAGGAUUAAAGUAUGUUAGUAAAACUGCAAUUUUAAGUUUGAACAUUCCAUCUCUUUUUCCACUAUACAGUGGAAUGAUUACUUAUCGUUUAAGAAAAGUAUUAAGACGGAAAAGAUUGUUAUCCCAUGCUAUUGGUGUAAUUGAAGAUAUUUUCGAUGACAUCCAACUUCCAAUUAUGUAUACUAUACGAUCAAAUGUAUCUGUUUUGGAUGGCCACAAAGAAUUACAACUUCAUGGCCAAUAA